AGUAUUUCAAUGUAAUAUAUAUUGAUAAACUAUAUUCAUCAAAAUUAUUUUAAUUACCUGCUUAAUAUAGUGUAACUAUACUAUUUUAUUUUAUAAACAUAACCUAUAAAAUACAAAAUGAGUAGAGACGAGGAGAUUGGAAAAAUAUGUAUACCCGGGAUGCGAUUAAGUCCAUCAAAUAACGAUAAUAUCUCUGGACCGGGAACUUACGAACUGAAAGGCUAUAUUUAUGCAUCAUUAGCAGGAGUACUUAAAAUGGAACAAGAUGCGAAAACAAAGGCCAACAAAGUAACUGUUGUAAGUUCUAGAACACCUAGUGUACUGCCAAUGACUGGUGAUAUAGUCACAGCAAAAGUAACAGUUGUAAACUCUAGACAAGUACAGUGCAUAAUUCUUUGUGUUGGACCAUUUGUCCUUGCAAGGCCCUACAAAGGUAUUCUGAAGAAAGAAGAUAUUAAAUUCACAGAUAAAGAUAGAAUAGACCCAUAUAAAUGUUUUAGACCUGGGGAUGUUAUAUUGGCAAGAGUUCUACCAAUGACUGAGAUCCACUGGUAUCAUCUUUCAACUGCUGAAAAUGAACUUGGAGUUGUGAUAGCCACAGCAGAAGGUUCACCGCAAGGAGUAAGCAUGGUGCCUAUCAGCUGGUCCGAAAUGCAAUGCCCCAAAACUCUUAUAAAGGAGCCGAGAAAAGUUGCAAGAGUUAUACCUGAAAAUAUAAAUGAAUCAUUAUUUCCAAUUGAUAAUAAUAAAAAUAAACUAGAAAAAAAUGGUUUUCAGGAAUAAAAAU